AUUGACCCUGACGAACAGUAUGAGAUAAUCUCACAACGCGAGACAUUCGUUCCGAGUGUGUCUAAUUCACAAAAGACGCGGCGCUAGUUGUCGAGUUACAACAUAAAUAUCUCGAUUCAUCGGCUAAAGCGCUGCAUCACUUUUGUUUAAUUUUCUAAUUCUCAGGUAGAAACUUCACCAAUAAACGAAUUCUACAUCGCCGCAAAAAUGGGAAAAAUAUACGAACACCGCCUGAAAGAGGCAACGCCGAAUAUAUCUAUGGGACAACUCGUCCUGGACAAGUUACGACAGAAUCUCGAUCGUGUUUUUACAAUAGAUGGAGCAACCGGCAAACGGAUGACACACAGAGAAAUACUCGAAAAAAGCGUAAAGUUAGCGAAGUUUUUACAAAGACACGGAAUAAAAGCCGGGGACGCAAUUGGCAUCGCAACUGAAAAUCGACUAAAUUGGUUAAUACCAGCUUGCGCGAGUUUUUAUCUUGGCGCUAUAUUAGCACCGUAUAAUCCUAUGUAUACGGAAUAUGAAUUCCAGCACAUAUUAAACAUCGCGAAGCCGCGUGUUGUUUUCGUGUCUCAUCGCACCGAAAAUCUCUUCGUUAAAAUCCAACCAACAUUAUCCUGGAAAAUGAAUAUAAUACAGCUGGACGAUCAAUCGCAGAUGGUAAAUAUCCGUACAUUGAAGGAUAUUUUAAAUGACGAACCAGGCGUAGACUACAUGAAAUAUCAACCCACCGAUAUCGGCGAUGUCAAUCAACAUCCGUUAACUGUUCUCUGUUCAAGCGGAACCACGGGCUUGCCGAAAGGAGUAACUCUGUCUCAUAAAAAUUUAAUAGCGUUUAUGAUGAAAAUACGCUUGUACGAUCACUUGGAUAUGCGAAACGGCGACAAAAUAUUAUUGAUGCUGCCAUUUUAUCAUGGCUACUCGAUGGGCACGAUGUUAGCCGGCCUCUGUUCGAGCUGCGUCGUAAUCGUGAUGUCUGGCUUCGACCCGAAACUCUUCUUAAAUCUGAUACAGGAGCAUAAGGUCACCCAUAUGCCUAUCGUACCACCGACCAUGACGUUCCUGGCGAAACACCCGAUGGUGGAGAAGUACGACUUUCGCAGCGUGAGAGAAAUCAUCUGCGGAGCGGCGCCGCUUUCGAAGGACAUCGUAGACAUGGUAAAAUCUCGCAUUGGCGCGAAAUGGAUUCGCAAUGGCUACGGCAUGACGGAGUUGUCGGUAGUGAGCAAUACGAACGGACGCGACGAUGACGAUAACGAUUUCGAUCAUCCGUCAACGGGACGAAUCUUUCCCGGUUUCCUUGCUAAAGUGGUCGAUAUCGAGACGCAAGAGACGCUGGAGGCUGGUCAGAUAGGCGAACUCUGCUACAAGGGGGAACAAGUGAUGAUGGGUUACUGGAACAACCCCGAGGCAACCAGACAGACCAUCGACGCGGACGGGUGGCUUCACACCGGCGACAUCGGUUACUUCGACGACAAGGAAAGACUGCACGUGGUCGAUCGCAUCAAGGAGCUAAUCAAGUACAAAGGCUUUCAAGUCUCACCGUCGGAAAUAGAGACCGUGCUACUGUCGCAUCCUGAUAUAAAAGACGCCGGGGUCACUGCUAAACCCGACGAACGUAGCGGAGAGGUUCCCGUGGCUUUCGUAGUGAAGCAAAUCGGUUCUAAGAUCACCGCCGAAGAGGUGCAGGAGUUUGUCAAACAGAAACUGUCGCCGCAAAAAUGGCUGUAUGGCGGGGUGCAAUUUGUCGAUGCCAUACCAAAGAGUGCUGCUGGCAAAAUUUUACGCCGUGAACUUAAAGCAAUGAUUUCUAAAGCAACGGCCUCUAAAUUGUAACGAUUGAAAUCGCAAACACCGAUGGACUUGCACUCGUAAUCAAUAAAAAUCUUCUUAAGUAAAAAACAAAAAAGUAAAAAUAAGUAUAUUCAAAAUAAAGUAUAAUAAUUUA